AUGCUAUCUGGCUGGCUUCCAAUUGUGCUGCUGUUUCCGGAGGCUGUCGGAGUGCCAAGAUGGUCCAUUUGUACCCUCAGUGGGUACCACCAUCAAGGCUACUACAAGGAAGGAGACAGGAUCAUCGGGGGCUUCAUUCCCUUGACCAGGCCUCCCAGAAUCCAACACCACAACUUCAGAAACACUCCAUACCUUUCCAGUAGACAUCAGAGUAUAGACAUCAACACCUACCCUAACCUCCUGGUCUUUGUCCACGCCAUGGAGGAAAUCAACCGGAGCCCACACCUCUUACCCAACAUCUCUUUGGGUUUCCACAUCUAUGAUUCUGUCUUCAGUGACGAGACGGCACUGGGGGGUAUUUGGGGGCUUCUUUCAGGAACGAGGAAAGUGGUGCCCAAUUACCACUGCAAAGGAGGCAACAAGCUCAUAGCUGUCGUCGAAGGACCAACAGCCAGCCUCUCGUUGGGGGUUGCCGCGGUGCUAGGGCGCUACCGGUAUCCACAGCUCAGCUAUGGAAUCCCGGAUUCGGCCCUGCAUUCUAAAGUGUUGUUUCCUGCUUUGUAUGGGAUGGUCCCCAGUGAAAGCUCCCUCCUUUCUGGGGUAGCCCGACUGAUCCGGCAUUUCAACUGGCGCUGGGUGGGGCUGAUAGCUUCAGAUGAUGACCAAGGGGAGGGGGCCGUAUUGACUCUUGCCAGGGAAAUCGGCAAGGGAGGCAGCUGCCUUGCGUUCACCUGGAUCUUUAAAAAAUCCUACUCUUACUCUGAAAAACGAAGAGAACUUCUGGAGAUCUUCCAGAAGUCUUCAGCCAAUGUGACAGUUCUCCAUGGGACAAUACACCUCAUCAGAUGGUUCAAGCUACUAUUACUUUUGUCCAGAAUCCGGCUGAAGGGGCAGGUGUGGAUUCUCACUUUCUACGAUGACUACCCCUCACCAGCCCAAUACUCAACUCUUGAGGUGUUCCAUGGGUCUUUGGUCUUGGUUGGGCAUCAGCGGGAGAUUCCAGGAUUCCAGGACUUCCUCCAAAGAUUUAAACCGUGGCAUUACCCAGGUGACAGGCACAUAAAGGCGUUCUGGAGACAUGCCUAUGAGUGCACGUGGAUGGAUGAGUCCUGGCGGCCGCGGUGCACAGGCGAAGAGAAUCUUAUGAGCAACAAAUUCCCCAAGCACACCCUUCUUUCUCCAACAUGGGGUUACAGCAUAUACAACGCAGUAUACAUGGUGGCACACGCUCUACAUGCCGCAGUCUCACGUCAGCCCCUGGGCAAUGCAGGGGGCUCCCAGUCAUGGCAGCUUCUCCCUUUCUUGACGAGUAUGAACUUCACAAACCCAGCUGGAGAGGAGCUGUUCUUCGAUAAAAACGGGGACUUGGCAGCAGGAUAUGACAUUCUGAACUUGAUCUCUUUGCCUGAUAAAACCCUGUCUCGUGUCCCUGUUGGAUCUUUUCACCCUCAAGCUGCUUUGGGACAUGAACUCAUCAUUAACAAGAGCGCAAUCCAGUGGGCCAGCAGCUUCAAACAGCUUCCCAAUUCAGUAUGCAGCAAAAAAUGCCUUCCUGGAUAUCGAAAGAAAGUCCGCAGAGGUGAGCCAGCCUGCUGCUUUGACUGUGUGCCCUGCACGGCUGGAGAGGUUUCCAACCAAAGUGGCAUGGAAAGUUGUUUCCAGUGUACGGAAGACCAGUAUGCAAAUGAGAACAGGGACCAAUGCCUCCCAAAAGCCAUCACAUUCCUAGCCUAUGACGACCCACUGGGGCUAACUUUGGCAUCUCUGGCAAUCUCCUUCUCCCUCCUCACCACUUGUGUUCUGGUGACAUUUGUCCAGUAUCGCAACAGUCCCAUCGUCAAAGCCAACAACCGCCAUCUCAGCUACGUUCUCCUCAUCUCGCUCCUUGUCUGUUUUCUCUCCUCCUUGAUGUUCAUCGGCCGCCCUACGAAAGGAACCUGCCUGCUACGACAGACCAUAUUUGCGGUUGCUUUUGCUGUGACCAUCUCUUCCGUCUUGGCUAAAACUAUAACGGUGGUCUUGGCCUUCAAGGGCCCUGAGAUGGGCCACAGACUGAGGACCUGCUUGAGAAAUGGGAUAUCCUAUUUUAUUGUCCUUCUCGGGGCCCUUGUUCAAGUCCUUCUUUGUUCUGUCUGGCUGGGAACAUCUCCUCCUUUUCCACAGAAUAAUACCCAAGCAGAAGUCAGGCAGAUUGUGGUUCAGUGUAAUGAAGGAUCUGUAGGUAUCUUCUUCGGGACACUGGCCUACCUGGGUUUUUUGGCUGCCAUCAGUUUUACAGUUGCCUUCUUGGCCAGGAAGUUACCAGACUCUUUCAACGAAGCCAAACACAUCUCUUUCAGUAUGGUCGUUUUUUGUUGCGUCUGGAUCUCCUUCAUCCCUGCGUACCUCAGCUCUCAAGGGAAGACUGCCGUUGCCAUAGAGAUCUUCUCCAUUUUGGCUUCCAGUGCUGGGAUUCUGGCCUGUAUCUUUACUCCAAAAGUCUUCAUUAUUUUGGUGAGGCCGGACAGGAACAGCAAGAAAUUUCUGAGGAGGAAAUGAAAUCCCUUCUAUCUAAACUGAGGACCUUUUCUAUUUUAGGUUGAACAGUCAGCCCACAUAAAAUAUCUGGCAUAACAGCCUCUAUAUUGUAGAAUUAUUUAAAGAACACAAGUAAGUUACAUAUAA